UCGAAGAAUUGAUGUUUUAACGGUUUCAAACUAGUGCGCUACCAAAUCCUAAAUUCGAUUUUAAUUUUGUCGUAGACUUACGCAUGUGUUGUUGCUAAUUGUCUUCGAUUGUUCUCCUCAGUCAAUAUGUCAUUUAACACUACGAUCGACAGAUUUCGUCUUUCCACUUACUCAUAUAGAUUAAAUACUCUAACUAAUUGGCCUUAUGAUGGAAAUUCACUUUGUACAGCUGAAAAAUUGGCUAUGUCUGGGUUCUACCGUCCAAAUCCAAACUAUCCUACUGUUACACAAUGUUUUGUUUGUAUGAAAGAAUUAGAAGGAUGGGAACCUGAUGAUGAUCCAGAUAAAGAGCAUAAAAUUCAUUCAUCAAAAUGUCCUUUCCUCAAAUCGAAACAAUAUGAACAAUUGACUUAUGAAGAAGGUUUAAAAAUGGAUGUUGAAAGAUAUUGUAAUUAUCUUUCUAAAAUUAUUUCCGAACAAUAUGAUACUCAAAAUGUUCAAAAGGCAUUUAAACUGUUUACCGAAAUUGUUUUAUGCAAACUACCAAAACGAAAUAAAAAAAGGAAAUCGGACAGUAAAGCAGCAAGCUCAGUCUUGUCAAAUACAAGUAGUAUCAAGUCGACUAGGAGUACACGAAGCAAACGAAUAUAAAUAUGGUUGAUUCUUUUUUUUUUUUUAUACAAACCUUAAUUAUGUGUAUAAUUUGUACAUUAAUACUUGUCUUUAGGCAUCUUAUUGCUUUUUGUUUUGAUAGUGGUAAAUAACGGGG